AUGAAAAUAAAAGGAAAAGUUAAUUUAAAAAAAUAAAAAAUAAAAACCUUCUUGAUCCUCCUCCAGCAGCAAAACUCAUCUCCUUCACAAACAACCAUAACCCUUUCACUGUUCUUUCUUCCAAAUGGAGGACCGCACCAAACAAGACAGUGAAGAAACCAAUGGCAGUUCUGUCCUAUCUCACCGACCCGAUUCAUUUGGCCGGUAUGGUCGGUUUGGUGGCAAGUAUGUCCCUGAAACUCUCAUGCAUGCAAUCACUGAGCUAGAGGCAGCGUUCCAUUCCCUUGCUCAUGAUGAAGCCUUCCAGAAAGAGCUUGGUGGGAUACUGAGGGACUAUGUGGGUAGGGAGAGCCCACUUUACUUUGCUGAGAGACUGACUGAGCACUACAGGCGUGGUGAUGGGGAAGGGCCUCAUGUGUAUCUGAAGAGGGAGGAUCUCAACCACACUGGUGCUCAUAAGAUUAAUAAUGCUGUUGCUCAGGCUUUGCUUGCCAAGAGGUUGGGGAAGAAGAGGGUUAUUGCUGAGACUGGUGCUGGGCAGCAUGGAGUUGCUACUGCCACUGUGUGUGCUCGGUUCGGGUUGGAAUGUGUUGUUUAUAUGGGUGCUCAGGAUAUGGAAAGGCAGUCCCUUAAUGUUUUCAGAAUGCGUCUACUUGGUGCUGAGGUGAGAGCAGUACAUUCUGGGACUGCUACGCUGAAGGAUGCUACGUCAGAAGCUAUAAGGGAUUGGGUGACUAAUGUGGAGACAACACAUUAUAUUUUGGGUUCGGUUGCGGGACCACAUCCGUAUCCUAUGAUGGUAAGAGAGUUUCAAGCCGUGAUUGGCAAAGAAACAAGAAAGCAAGCAUUGGAGAAAUGGGGAGGGAAGCCAGAUAUUCUGGUAGCAUGUGUUGGUGGUGGUUCGAAUGCGAUGGGACUUUUCCAUGAAUUUAUCGAUGACAAAGAUGUUAGGCUGAUUGGAGUGGAGGCUGCUGGGUUGGGCCUAGAAAGCGGUAAGCAUGCCGCUACAUUAACAAAAGGAGAGAUCGGAGUUUUGCAUGGAGCAAUGAGCUAUCUUUUGCAAGAUGAUGAUGGGCAAAUAAUUGAGCCUCACUCUAUUAGUGCAGGGUUGGACUACCCUGGGGUUGGACCAGAGCAUAGCUUCUUGAAAGAUGUAGGGCGGGCUGAAUACUACAGUGUUACUGAUGAAGAAGCACUAGAAGCUUUUAAAAGACUGUCCCAGCUGGAAGGCAUAAUUCCAGCUUUGGAGACAUCUCAUGCUUUGGCUUAUUUAGAGAAGCUCUGUCCUACCCUUCCGAAUGGAACUAAGGUUGUGGUUAACUGCAGUGGCAGAGGGGAUAAGGAUGUUCAAACUGCUUCCAAGUACUUCAAUGUUUGAAAUUUGGGGUUGUGUUCUACAACACUGCUACCACCAGUGUUAUGCCAUGAUUGAGAUUGCUAUGAAAUUCCUGAGUUUAAGGUGGAUCACUUAUGAAAGAAUUGGCUUGGGAAUGGUUCACUUUGUGUAGCCAAUUUUUUGCAUGGAAUUUGAAAAAUGUUAUGAGGAAUUAUUAAAGGCCAUUGUCUUUUUGUUUUAUUUGUUACAAAAAAGAAGAAAACUGCUUUCCAGUAAUGCAGUCAAAUUGUGUAUUGUAGAUGAACAAUAGGUACAGUUUUGCCAGAAUAAAGUAUUGUAUACCUUUGUGCUCU